CGCAAAUCCACUCUUGCUGUAACUGUCAUAUGGUCGAGGACGGUGUUAGCACUUUUCACUCCACAUGUACCGUAGUAACAAAAGAUCAGUUGUGUGGUGUAGAUAGCAAGGACUUGGGUGUUUUACAGUUGAAUAUUCUACAGAAUUUCAGUAACGUUACGGAAGUUGUGAAAGAGUUUAAAUUUGUUCGGCGUGUGUACAAUCAGUGUGGUGCCGUCUAGAAACAUUUAAUCUCUGCUCACAGGCCCCUGUAUUCUUCAACAUGGCGGAUAGUGACACGAAAGUUGACCGGUCCGAUCCGGAAUUGAAAUACCUGUCUGUUGAUAGAAAUAUGUUCAAUGAUCCUGCCACACAAGCGGAAUGGACUCAAAAAAGGUUAGUGUGGGUUCCGCACGAAUCCCAUGGCUUUGUUGCGGCCGGUAUCAAAGGGGAACGUGGCGACGAAGUGGAGGUUGAAAUCGUGGAGACCGGUAAAAGACAACUGGUUGCCAAAGAUGACAUCCAGAAAAUGAAUCCGCCCAAAUUCGACAAAGUGGAGGACAUGGCUGAAUUAACCUGCCUGAACGAAGCCUCAGUACUCCAUAACCUCAAGGACCGAUACUACUCUGGGCUCAUUUAUACAUACUCUGGCCUCUUUUGUGUGGUGGUUAACCCAUACAAACGGCUACCCAUCUACACGGAAAAGAUCAUGGAACGAUACAAGGGAAUCAAACGACAUGAAGUACCCCCGCACGUAUUUGCCAUCACCGACACUGCCUACCGCUCCAUGUUACAAGAUCGCGAAGACCAGUCUAUCCUUUGUACUGGAGAGUCAGGUGCUGGAAAGACAGAGAACACUAAGAAAGUUAUUCAAUACCUUGCUUAUGUAGCGGCUUCAAAACCCAAAAGUUCACUCUCGCCACAUACGGCACCCAGCCCGGCACUCAUCAUUGGUGAAUUGGAGCAGCAGCUUCUACAGGCCAACCCUAUUCUGGAAGCAUUUGGUAAUGCCAAGACUGUUAAGAAUGAUAACUCUUCACGUUUUGGGAAAUUUAUCCGCAUCAACUUUGAUGCUUCUGGUUACAUAGCAGGAGCAAACAUUGAGACGUACUUACUGGAAAAAUCUCGUGCCAUACGUCAAGCCAAGGAUGAACGAACGUUCCAUAUUUUCUACCAGCUUCUGGUUGGAUCCUCUCCCGAGCAGAAAAAGGAAUUCAUCCUGGAAGAUCCAAAAACGUAUGCAUUCCUGUCCAGUGGGGGACACCUUCCUGUACCUGGUGUGGAUGAUAUUGCAGAGUUCCAGGCCACCUGCAAAGCCAUGUCUAUCAUGGGAAUGACAAGUGAUGACUUUUCUGCUAUUUACCGCACGGUCUCAGCAGUGAUGCUCUUUGGGAACAUGAAGUUCAAGCAAGAGCGUAACUCUGACCAAGCUAUAUUGCCUGACAAUACAAUGGCACAGAAAAUUGCCCAUCUUUUGGGCUUGAGUGUCACAGAGAUGACCAAGGCAUUCCUCAGGCCACGCAUCAAAGUUGGCCGUGACUUCGUUACCAAGGCCCAGACUAAAGAACAGGUGGAGUUUGCAGUGGAGGCUAUUUCCAAAGCCUGCUAUGAACGUAUGUUCCGUUGGCUGGUGAACCGCAUCAAUCGAUCACUUGAUCGUACAAAACGGCAAGGAGCAUCCUUCAUUGGUAUUCUAGAUAUGGCUGGUUUUGAAAUAUUUGAGUUGAAUUCGUUUGAGCAGCUUUGCAUCAACUACACAAAUGAAAAACUUCAGCAGCUCUUCAACCACACUAUGUUCAUUCUAGAGCAGGAAGAGUACCAGCGUGAAGGCAUUGAGUGGAAGUUUAUUGAUUUCGGUCUUGAUCUUCAGCCCACAAUCGAUCUUAUUGACAAGCCAAUGGGCAUUAUGGCUCUGUUAGAUGAGGAAUGCUGGUUUCCUAAAGCUACUGACAAGUCGUUUGUGGAGAAGCUGGUUGGCGCUCACCAUGUUCAUCCUAAGUUCCUCAAGACAGACUUCCGUGGCGUAGCAGACUUCGCCGUCAUUCAUUAUGCAGGUCGUGUGGACUAUUCAGCGGCCAAGUGGCUCAUGAAGAACAUGGACCCUCUAAAUGAGAAUGUUGUCUCACUUCUGCAGGCUUCUCAGGAUCCGUUUGUUGUAUAUAUCUGGAAGGAUGCUGAGAUUGUGGGCAUGGCACAGCAAGCCCUUACGGACACCCAGUUCGGUGCUAGGACUCGAAAGGGCAUGUUCAGAACUGUAUCACAACUGUAUAAAGAGCAACUAGCCAAGCUUAUGGUGACCCUUCGAAAUACCAACCCUAACUUUGUGAGAUGUAUCAUACCCAACCAUGAGAAACGUGCCGGCAAGAUUGAUGCGCCACUUGUUCUUGACCAACUGAGAUGUAAUGGUGUUCUUGAGGGUAUUCGUAUCUGCAGACAGGGCUUCCCUAACCGCAUACCUUUCCAGGAAUUCCGUCAAAGAUAUGAGCUCCUUACUCCAAAUGUUAUUCCCAAAGGCUUUAUGGAUGGAAAAAAGGCCUGUGAAAAAAUGAUUCAUGCUUUGGAGCUGGAUCCUAAUCUGUAUCGAGUUGGUCAGUCCAAGAUCUUUUUCCGUGCUGGUGUGCUGGCACAUUUGGAAGAGGAGCGAGAUUAUAAGAUCACUGAUCUUAUUGUCAAUUUUCAAGCAUUUUGCCGUGGAUUCUUGGCCAGGAGAAACUUCCACAAACGCACGCAGCAGUUGAAUGCAAUUCGCAUCAUUCAGCGCAACUGUGCAGCGUAUCUGAAACUGCGUAACUGGCAGUGGUGGCGACUUUACACUAAGGUGAAGCCUCUGCUAGAGGUGACUAAACAGGAGGAGAAACUGACACAGAAAGAGGACGAGUUGAAACAAGUGAAAGAGAAACUUGACACCCAGGUGCGGUCAUCUCAGGAGCACGAGAGGAAAUUGCAGCAGGCUGUUGAGGAGAAGAUAACUCUACAGGAGCAACUUCAGGCUGAAGUGGAACUCUGUGCAGAAGCCGAGGAGAUGCGAGCAAGGCUGGCGGCCCGUAAGCAGGAAUUGGAGGAGAUCUUACAUGAUCUGGAAGCUCGUAUUGAAGAAGAGGAGGAGCGAUCCAACACUUUAACUGCAGAGAAAAAGAAAUUGCAGCUCAAUAUACAGGACCUGGAAGAGCAGCUAGAAGAGGAGGAAGCAGCAAGACAGAAACUUCAGCUGGAGAAGGUGCAGUGUGAUGCCAAGAUCAAGAAACUGGAGGAAGAUUACGCACUCAGUGAAGAUACAAACCAGAAGCUUCUGAAAGAGAAGAAACUGCUCGAGGAGCGUUCAGCGGACUUGUCACAGACCCUCGCUGAAGAAGAAGAGAAAGCAAAACAUCUAGCGAAGUUGAAGACCAAGCAUGAAGCGACAAUUGCCGACCUAGAGGAGAGGCUGCUGCGGGAUCAGCAACAGAGACAAGAGAUGGACCGCAGUAAGCGAAAAGUGGAAACUGAAGUCAGUGACCUCAAAGAGCAGUUGAACGAGCGUCGUCUCCAAGUUGAGGAACUGCAGCUUCAACUUGGAAAGCGUGAAGAAGAGCUUACACAAGCCCUCAUGAAGAUAGAUGAGGAAGGUGCUGGCAAGGCUCAGUCACAGAAAGCUCUUCGCGAACUUGAGUCCCAGUUGACUGAGAUUCAAGAAGAUUUAGAAGCUGAGAAAAUAGCUCGCAGCAAGGCAGAGAAACAAAAGCGGGACUUAAAUGAAGAACUGGAGGCACUAAAAAAUGAACUUCUGGAUUCCCUGGACACAACGGCGGCACAGCAGGAGCUGCGUACCAAACGGGAACAGGAACUAGCCACCCUGAAGAAGAGUCUUGAAGAAGAUGCUGCAACACAUGAGACAUCUAUAGCAGAAAUGAGGCACAAGUACAGCCAGGAUUUGGCCCUCAUCAAUGAACAGAUGGAGUCUAUUAAGAAGGCCAAGCUUGGUUUGGAGAAGGUCAAAUCACAACUGGAAGCUGAAAAUGCUGACCUAACAACAGAAUUGAGGUCAGUCGGUGCAAAUCGCCAGGAAUGUGAACGUCGUCGUAAGCAGGCUGAGAGUCAGCUGGUAGAGUUGCAGAGCAAGGUUGUGGAAUUUGAACGUUCGCGUACAGACCUCUCUGACCGAUUCACUAAGCUUCAACAAGAAUCUGAAGCUAUCACGGCACAGUUAGAGCAGGCAGAACUUAGGACAUCUGCAGCUACCAAAAGUGCGGCUACAAUGGAGAGCCAACUGUCCGAGGCUCAGGCUCAGCUCGAAGAAGAGACUAGACAGAAGCUUGCUCUGAGCUCGAGAUUACGACAAAUUGAGAGUGAGAAAGAAGCCCUUCAAGAACAAGUAGAGGAAGAAGAAGAAGCGAAGAAGAACUUGGAAAAACAAAUUUUUGCCAUGUCGCAAAACCUCGCUGAUGCCAAGAAACGCAUUGAGGAGGAAGCUGAGCAGGUUAACCAACUUGAAGAGAUUAAAAAGAAGUUGGCAAAAGACAUUGAAGCACUGCAGCGCCAGGUUGAAGAGUUACAGGCAGCCAAUGAUAAACUUGAUAAAUCUAAGAAGAAGUUGCAAGCUGAACUGGAAGAUUCUAAUAUUGAUCUAGAAGCUCAGCGAGCCAAGGUCCUUGAACUGGAGAAGAAGCAACGCAACUUUGAUAAGGUUUUGGCUGAGGAGAAGGCUGUGGCAGAACAGAUUGCACAAGAGCGUGAUGCAGCAGAGAGGGAAGCACGAGAAAAAGAGACGAGAGUUCUUUCUCUGACGAGAGAAAUUGAUGAAAUGAACGACAAGGUUGAAGAACUGGAGCGAGGGCGUCGCCAGCUGCAGGCUGAAUUAGAUGAACUGGUUAACAACCAGGGCACUGCUGAUAAGAAUGUUCAUGAGCUGGAAAAGGCAAAGCGAGCUCUAGAAAGUCAGCUUGCAGAACAGAAGGCUCAGAACGAGGAAUUGGAAGAUGAGCUGCAGUUUACUGAGGAUGCCAAGUUGAGACUGGAAGUAAACAUGCAGGCACUGCGCACCCAGUUUGAGCGAGAUCUUCAGGCAAAAGAGGAACAGGCUGAGGAAAAGAGGCGUGGCCUACUGAAGCAGCUGCGAGACUUAGAAGCUGAGUUGGAGGAUGAACGGAAACAACGAGCCAAUGCUCUUUCCCAGCGGAAGAAACUCGAGGCUGACCUCAAGGACAUGGAACAGCAACUUGAGAUGCAUGAUAAGGUUAAAGAAGAUGCACUUAAGCAGCUCAAGAAACUGCAGGCACAAGCCAAGGAUUCUGCUCGAGAUGCAGAGGAAGCGAGAGCAUCAAGAGAUGAACUGGCUGCGGCAGCAAAAGAGACAGAGAGAAAACUCAAGAGCUUGGAAGCAGAGCUGGCACAAAUGAGUGAAGACUUAGCCAGUGCUGAGAGAGCUAGACGAGUGGCAGAGAGUGAACGAGAUGAAUUACAAGAGGAAAUCAGCAGCAAUUCCAGUAAGGGGCGCAGAAUAAGUGUUAUAAUGGCUAACAGCCCUGCACAAGCAGCCACGCUUCUGCUUGACGAGAAGAGACGCCUUGAGGCUCGCAUUGCGACUUUGGAGGAAGAGUUAGAGGAGGAGCAGAGCAACUCGGAAAUCCUCAUGGAUCGAGCACGCAAGGCACAGAUUUCUAUUGAGCAACUUACAACAGAUUUGGCAGCAGAACGAUCAGCAACGCAGAAACUGGAGACGGGGAGAAUGCUGUUAGAAAGGCAGAACAAGGAACUCAAAGCCAAGUUGGUGGAAUUGGAGACAGCCCAGAGGACAAAGACAAAGGCCACCAUUGCCACACUCGAAAGCAAGAUCAACAAUCUAGAAGAACAGCUAGAAGCAGAAGCAAAGGAGCGAUUUGCCCAGCAAAAGAUAAACCGCAAGCAAGACAAGAAGCUGAAGGAGCUGGUAAUGCAGCUGGAAGACGAGCGAAGGCAUGCCGACCAAUACAAGGAACAGGUGGAGAAGGUGAACGUCAGAGUGAAAGCCCUCAAGCGACAGCUGGAUGAGGCAGAAGAAGAAAUAAGCCGUGAGAAGGCGCAAAAACGGAAAGCGCAGAGGGAAAUGGAGGAUAUGGUGGAGUCAAAUGAGACCAUGUCACGAGAGCUCACUAACCUCAAAAAUAAACUUAGGCGUGGUGGGGCAGGUGCAGGUAUUGGGCUUCCACGGCUGACAGGCACGAAACGAGGUUCCCUACCAACAGGCAGUAGUGACGAUUCAUCUGUUCUGGAGGACUCCGUGGAUGGAGAGGAGGCACCCAACUAGACACGUAUCAUCAACUACCAUGUCUUUCAACCUGUGCAGUGACAUGUUAAUCUUUUUUGUGGCAGUGGUUCAAAUAUAACAGAGAUAUUCUCUAAAGGCUGGGGUGGAGACAACAUAAAACAUGAUUAUAGAUUGAAAUCCUUGCUUAGAUGAGAAAACAGUAUGUUCCAUAAAUGUUGUGGUAAAUGUUAAGGAAGAGAAGCAACACGGCUUUAGUUCUUGUCAUAACGUGUAGAUUGGAAUGGCUCUCGGCAUGAUGGCCGUUCUCUUGAGCACUACUUGUAUUAACUGUAAAAGAUUACAUGCAUGUUGUAUGUAAAUUUAUACAAGAGCCCUUCACUCUCUAAACGUGUAGUGCUCUCCUUUUUCGUAUUUAAAAGGUCAUCUUAUUUUGAUGUACUUUUGGGUUCUGACAUAUAUCUCAUAAUCUUUUAUUUCUUCAAAUAUAUGCGCCCUUUGACAUUUCUGAAUUUUAAUAUCGGACACAUUUGGAUGGAAAAAGUGUUUUCAGUUGACUUUUCUUACCUUCACAUUUAUCACAAUUACACCUUAUUAUGUGCCCUGCCUUUUUUGUCUGUGAACAUUAUUUUGAACUUGCAGUUGUAACAUGUUACUAUACUGAAAGUAGGAAGAAUAGAAUACAAGGAAUGUUCAUGUAAAUAUAAACGAUACAGCUUCAAUACAACUGCUUUGAAAUAAAAUUUCAGGCAGUGUUUUACCAACAAGAGGUCAGUGCUUGUUUUAUAUCCAGUCUUUUUAAAAUAUUUCAUUUUUGGUGGACUGGAAUCUUGAUGAUGGAGAUGCAGUAAUUAUAUGGUUAAUUAUUUAACUCUGUGAUUUUGUGAUACAUGCUUGAAUUGUGGUGUAUUUUAACAGGAUUUCUUCUCAAAGAAAUUUGGGAGAAUAAAGCACAUUCCCCUUGCUUGUUUGUGAAAGAAAGAGGUAGAAUUGCUCAUUCCAAAAUAAUUGUUUACAAAGGAAGCAGUGUUAAAAGGUCUGGUUUUAAUGGACAAAACCUGCAUAUCUACUAAUACAUGAAGUAAAACACGUCAGUUGAUUCCAGUGGGGUGUCAUAACGGGUAUUGAUUCGCCAUAUUAAUAAUGACAAAAAGUCUUCUGGAUCAGGGUCAUAAAAGAAUGGACGCGCGCGAGAUUUGUUGGCUCCUGACCACAACAUGCCUUAUUGUCAUAAUAAGGGAGCUUUUUUGUUACUACAAUUAAUAUUGAUUAAAAAAAUAUUAAUUAAAAAACUAACCCACAAUUUUCUAAGUGGUGCAAGAAAGAGAGCAUUUUGCAAUUUGUACAGAUUCUUUGUGAAUGUUUUAAAGCUGGUGAUAGGUUAAAUGCUUAAAAUAUGUAUUGAUUGUAAUAACCCAUAUAUGCCUUCAUUUUCUACUGUGUUUCUAAGAGCCUGGAAUACUAAGUACAUAUAAUAUUAACAAAUUGGUACUUAGCUUGAAUGUUGUAAUUUAAGGUUUUUUCUUAAUAUAAUUUUCUCAGUUGUGCCAGGUUAGUAUGAAUGGAGGUGGUGUCAGUUGUGUGCGAAUGUAAAUAAAUAACACGUAACUUUUAAGCUUUACCAUACCCUGAAAUUUUUUUUUUUCUGGAAACGAUUUGAUGAAAACCAAGAUUCAUUUAUCUUGUUAUAUAAAACUGAUCAAUAAAAUAACUGUGUAAUAUUACAACAUCCCUUUGCCUGUUGCAGAAGAAAAGACUUGUUUACUCUGCCAUCUAUCCAUGUCAACUUUGUUGUCUUACAGGUUCAGUACAGUUUUUAAAUAUGUGUGUAUAUAUUGCAGUUUUUAAACUAAUGAAAUUGAAUUGCCCCGUCUGCAGGGACUGAGAUGUACUACGUCCAUACUCCGAUAUAUUGAAGCCCUAAGCAGAUUUAAGCAAAAUUGUGGGAUCAUGUGCAUCUGAAAUACGGGAAGGGCAACAGACACUUGUGACGUCUAUCCUUGUUGGUAUAGAGUUGGUUUAAUGAAGUACUCGCUGCACGAAAGAUGUCGGAACCAAUUGCAAAGCUGCUGCAUAUUUGAUUCUGGUCAUGGAUGGUAAAAUUUCCUUUCUCUUAAUUUUCUGACCUCUCUCGGUAUUAACACCACAGUGUGUAUGCUCUCUCGUUAUGUAUUUACAAAAUGAAUUGAACUGAACAAAAGGUGGAAAAGAAAUAGACUGGCCGGAAAGUAAAUGAAGGAGAUUGAUCUCGAAGAAUGUGUGGACAUGUUGCAUGGAUGAAUGAUAUUUCUCUGACCUAUUGGAACGAUUCAGGCUAUGUGAUUGGUGAUAACUGAUGUCAGUCACUAUUGUUCUUGUAUAAGAAACUAAAUAAUGUUGAUUGAAGUAGAUUGAAUCUUUGACACAAAUCACAUUAUCCUUAUUAAAGAUGUGAACUUUGAGUUUUCAGUGGGUCAUCAUAUUAAUGCGACAUAUGUGCAUUUCAAGGCCCCCAGCAAAGUAUCUAAUCUUGUGACCCAUAACGUUGUAAUCUUUGAACUUCAGUGGCACUAGAAGAUCAAUAACAUCUUGUGAAAUUAUCAGUCUCCGUUUUGCAUUACUUUGGAAUUAUUUUGGUGGUAAUGGGAAGUAUUAGGAGUAGGUUCUUAUUUUAAAAGAAUGUUCCAAAUUUAAAAAAAAAUUAUUUGUAUCUCGUGAUAAAUACGCACUGACCACAUCACAUACCCAAGUAUGUCUGUUAUCAGUACCUGCAUGACUUUUGUUGUAACCUACUAUACUUUCAGAACAGAACUUGUAGCUUUGUGUUAGAACCAGAGAAGUUCCUAGUAAAAGGAAGCAUUGGAUUUCAAAAGAAUUUUGAUUAUCAACUAGCUGCAACUCAACAAAAAUCUGGUUUGUUUUGUUGAUAGAAAAUGGUAAUAGUUCAACAGUACCAAGGAGUUCCUAUCUGCCACAGAAAUAAUUUAAUGGAGUCUUUAUUAUUUAUAUGUGUAAGUGGCAUGAUAAAAUUAAUUUGGCCUCCGAUGGGAUAAUUUCCAUAUCGCAUCAAAUUCCUCAUACAUCUGAAGCACCAGCAUGAAAAGCACACACAUAGCAACUGAAACUUUAAAAUGUGUACCUUCUGAAUACUUCAUGUUUUAAUGCCUGAAAUGUAGCCCCUGGCACUCAGAAAUUUA